CCUCCUCCUGUCUCCGAUUUGUCUCUAUACGCCGAUAACCCGGUUGCCAUGGUGACCCUCUCGCAGCAUAGCAACAGCAUCAGCACCGGGCAGAGCUCUGGGUCGGACCCCGGGCUGAGCCGGGCAGGUCACACCGCGGUGGCUGUGUUCCUCGGGUUCAUUCUGGUGCUGGGCUUCCUCUGUAACCUCAUGGCGCUGCUGGUGUUCUCCCGCUUCCACUGGCUGCGGACUCCGGUCAACCUGCUGCUCAUCAACAUCAGCGCCAGCGACAUGCUCGUCUGCAUCUUCGGGACUCCGCUCAGCUUGGCAGCCAGUGUGCACGGCCGGUGGCUGACCGGGUCUUACGGCUGCCGGUGGUACGGUUUCUCCAAUGCACUUUUCGGUGAGUGGUCGUGUGGCUCCACAGCUUAUUAUCAAUCUACAUUAAUCAGUGGUGGAGAUCAGAGCAUGUCGUCACCCUUUAUAAUCUUGGGAUCAAUACAUCAAAUUGCUAAAACAAAGAACAAAGCCUCCUGGCUCUACUCACUGGUGUGGACUCUGCCGCCGCUGCUGGGCUGGAGCAGCUACGGGCCCGAGGGUCACGGCACCACCUGCUCAGUCCAGUGGCAUCAGCGCUCAGCCACAUCUCGCUCCUACGUCAGCUGCUUGUUCAUCUUCUGCCUGCUCCUGCCUCUGAUGCUCAUGUUGUUCUGCUAUGGGAGGAUCCUGCUGGCCGUGCGAGAGGUGGCGAGGCAGGUCACCGACAUCAACCGGUCGUCAGCUGAGCAGAGGGAGGGCCGUAUCCUUCUGAUGGUGGUCUUCAUGGUGACGGGCUACCUCUUGUGCUGGAUGCCAUAUGGUGUUGUGGCGAUGCUCUCCUCCUUUGGACGGCCAGGCAUGUUGCCGUCCACUGCCAGUUUAAUCCCCGCCCUCCUAGCAAAGGCCAGCACCGUCCUCAACCCUUUUAUUUAUGUGCUGCUCAACAAGCAGUUCUCCAGAUGUUUCCUGCACAUGAUCAGGUGCAGCUCAGAAGCCCCGCCCACUCCGGGCCACCUCACUCGUCCCAGCAAUGAGGGGGCGUGGCCUCACCCUCGCAACCUGCCAACAGAGGAACUAAACUCACCAAAACACAAUCCUACAUUCACACCCAGUGUGCUGCCGUGACCCCGCCCCACCCUCCGUAUGAAAGCACUUUGCACUCAGGGUAAUGUCUGUCCGGUUGUUUUUGCAUCACUGGAGGGCACUGUUUCAGCUAUCAGCUACACACAUUGGAUGGAUG